AUGAGUAAAUUAAUACCAUCAACAGAAGAACAAGCUGAGAAAUCACGACAAUUCUGCUCCCUCUUAAUUCCGGUUUUAAAUCAGCAUAUUCCUGGUUUAAACAAAGGAAAGGCGAUGCAGAUUAUUUUUGUAAGUCCAUGUACUGAAACACCAGGAGGAAUAAUAUCAUCUUUAGUAUCUACAAGCGUAGCCAAAACCUCCAGAAAUUUGUCUAGUAAUAUUAAUUACACUAGCCCAAUAGAAACCAUUUUAUGUGAGGAUACUCAUCAAAGUCUAUAUUCUCAAUUACUUUGUGGCCUAUAUCAAAACAAACAAGUUCUUCGCCUAGGAUUCGCUUUCGCUUCGGGUUUUAUGGUAGCCGUUAAGUGUUUACAGCAACAUUGGACCCUUCUAUGUGAUGAUAUCCGACAUGGAACUAUAGCAGAAGACCACCCUAAAAUCACUGACCCAUCGGUGAGAAAAGCGGUCAUGAAAAUACUAGUCAAGACAAACCCCGAACUUGCUGAUUUCAUCGAGCAUGAGUGUAAGAGAGAUUCAUCAUGGGAAGGCAUAGUGUCUAGGUUAUGGCCUAAUGCUAAGUGCAUCGUCACCAUCAUUACUGGGACAAUGUCUCAUCACAUCGAUAACAUUGAUUUUUAUAGUAAUGGUCUUCCCAUUGUUAGCCAUAUGUACGCAUGUUCAGAAUGCUUCUUAGGUAUAAACCUUGACCCUCUAACUAAACCACCUGAAGUUUCUUACACCCUUAUCCCUACAAUGGCAUAUUUUGAGUCCUUUCAGAUACUCGGGGAAGAUGAUAAUCAAAAGGACAACUGCAACCAGGAGAAAAAACAACAUCAUCCAGAACUGGUUGAUCUCGUCAAGGUUGAGCUUGGACGAGAAUAUGAGCUUGUUGUCACCAAUUAUGCAGGACUUUAUCGGUAUAGAGUUGGAGACGUGCUACGAGUUGCUGGGUUCAAGAACAAUGCUCCUCAGUUUAAUUUCAUGCGGAGAAAUAAUGUAGUUCUAAGCAUUGAUAUGGACAAGACAAACGAAACUGAGCUUCAAAAUGCAGUUGACCAUCUUAUGAUUAUGUCUAAUGUCUCUCUUGUUGAAUACACUAGUUUUGCUGAUACAUCAACUUUUCCAGGCCACUAUGUGCUCUAUUGGGAACUUCAGGGAAACAAUAACAAUGCCGUAAUUCCUCAGAAAGUGCUUGAGGAAUGUUGUCUGGUAAUGGAAGAAUUCCUCGGUUAUGAGUAUCGUUAUAUGCGCACUAACUAG